AUGGCGGCACCGCCGCCCCGCUCGGCCUCGGGACGCCCGGCCCGCAGCCAAUGGACGCCCGCCGCCGCGCCGCCCGCGGCCAAUGGGAGCGCGCCGCCCGCAGCCAAUGGGAGCCGCCGCCGCGCCGCCCGCGGCCAAUGGGAGCGCGCCGCCCGCAGCCAAUGGGAGCCGCCGCCGCGCCGCUCGCGGCCAAUGGGAGCGCGCCGCCCGCAGCCAAUGGGCGCCCGCCGCCGCGCCGCCCGCGGCCAAUGGGAGCGCGCCGCCCGCAGCCAAUGGGCGCCCGCCGCCGCGCCGCCCGCGGCCAAUGGGAGCGCGCCGCCCGCAGCCAAUGGGAGCGCGCCGCCGCGCCGCCCGCAGCCAAUGGGCGCCCGCCGCUUGCAGCCAAUGGGCGCCCGCCGCCGCGCCGCUCGCGGCCAAUGGGAGCGCGCCGCCCGCAGCCAAUGGGAGCGCGCCGCCGUGCCGCCCGCAGCCAAUAGGCGCCCGCCGCUUGCAGCCAAUGGGCGCCCGCCGCCGCGCCGCUCGCGGCCAAUGGGAGCGCGCCGCCCGCAGCCAAUGGGAGCGCGCCGCCGUGCCGCCCGCAGCCAAUGGGCGCCCGCCGCUCGCAGCCAAUGGGCGUCCGCCGCCGCGCCGCCCGCGGCCAAUGGGAGCGCGCCGCCUGCAGCCAAUGGGAGCGCGCCGCCGCGCCGCCCGCAGCCAAUGGGCGCCCGCCGCUCGCAGCCAAUGGGCGUCCGCCGCCGCGCCGCCCGCGGCCAAUGGGAGCGCGCCGCCUGCAGCCAAUGGGAGCGCGCCGCCGCGCCGCCCGCAGCCAAUGGGAGCGCGCCGCCCGCAGCCAAUGGGCGUCCGCCGCCGCGCCGCCCGCGGCCAAUGGGAGCGCGCCGCUCGCAGCCAAUGGGCGUCCGCCGUCGCGCCGCCCGCGGCCAAUGGGAGCGCGCCGCUUGCAGCCAAUGGGAGCCCGCCGCCGCGCCGCCCGCGGCCAAUGGGAGCGCGCCGCUCGCAGCCAAUGGGCGUCCGCCGCCGCGCCGCGCGCAGCCAAUGGGAGCGCGCCGCCCGCAGCCAAUGGGCGUCCGCCGCCGCGCCGCCCGCGGCCAAUGGGAGCGCGCCGCUUGCAGCCAAUGGGCGUCCGCCGCCGCGCCGCCCGCGGCCAAUGGGAGCGCGCCGCCCGCAGCCAAUGGGCGCCCGCCGCCGCGCCGCCCGCGGCCAAUGGGAGCGCGCCGCCCGCAGCCAAUGGGCGCCCGCCGCUUACAGCCAAUGGGCGCCCGCCGCCGCGCCGCUCGCGGCCAAUGGGAGCGCGCCGCCCGCAGCCAAUGGGAGCGCGCCGCCGUGCCGCCCGCAGCCAAUAGGCGCCCGCCGCUUGCAGCCAAUGGGCGUCCGCCGCCGCGCCGCUCGCGGCCAAUGGGAGCGCACCGCCCACAGCCAAUGGGAGCGCGCCGCCGUGCCGCCCGCAGCCAAUAG